ACUUGAAACACACAAGCACAAAACAAUGAAGUGCACAAUAAUGCUAGCACUUCUCCUUCUCCUUGCCUUGUCCUCACAACCACUAUUUGUAUCAUCUAAAACUUCACUCAAUCAAGUGCUUGACAUAUCGGGGAAGAAGCUUCGAACUGAUUCCGAUUACUACAUCAUUCCCGCGAAUGGUGGAGAUAUUUCCCUUGAAAGUUCUAUUGGUGAGUCUUGCCCUCUUCAUGUAGUAGUUGUGAAACAUAGACAAGGUCUAGGGUUUCCUCUAAGGUUGGCACCAGUUAAAGGUGAUAUUCGUGUCUCCACUGAUCUCAAUAUUAUGCUAGGUAAUUAUGAUGAUAGGUGUCCUAACUAUUCAGUAGUGUGGAAGAUUGAUCCCUAUUCUAAGGAAGCAACAUUUGUGACCACUAAUGGCAUAUUAGGUCACCCAGGUUCGAAUUCAAUCCAUAGUUGGUUCAAGAUUGAGAAGUAUGAAGAUGCUUAUAAGUUGGUCUAUUGCCCUAAUGUGUGUCCUUCUUGCAACCAUGUAUGCAAAGACAUUGGAAUUUAUAAGUAUAAGAAUAGGGAAAUGCGUUUGGCUCUCACUAAUGUUCCCCUCAAAAUCAAGUUUCAGCAAGCUUGAUCAAAAUUAAGAUAUACCAAUGGCAACAAAUGUUGUAAUUUUAUGAGGAUUAUUGAGUUUGAUUUUCCUUAUGGAGAAUA